AGAUCGAGUCUCAUAGCCCAGCUGCCAAUAUCAUCGCUAUGGUGCACACAAAACAAAUCCAGUCAUCUUCAUUGCUCGCUCACAUCUCCCAUAUGCCCAGAGCAGAGCAGCAAGUCGACAACUCGUCCUCGCAACAAACCGUGCACCCUGCACGGUAUCCUACACUCACGGGUGAUCAAGUUCUCGGAUCUCGCUGGUCGAACUCCGAGGGCCUCGACGGCGAAUUCGGUGUGUCAUCUCAGUAUUCCACAUAUACCAUGGGCGACGCAUCCACAUGCACAAACAAUCCUUGUAUUAUCACCCAACAAUGGUCGACAACUCAACAGAAGACGACCUUUUGUCGCCAGCUACCAACUCCAACUCAAGCGCCACAGAAUCCUGUUUACAGUCUUAAUGCAAGCGCAGUUCAAACAAAGGAACAGUACUCGGCAUGCCUGCUGGCUCGGCAUUCUCUCAGCUCAGGACAGGGCGACGCACAUGCAUCUCAGACUGUACAAGGUCUCGCACGCCACUCGACAGCAUACCCACCGGCAACCUCAUUGUUCGCGUCUAAACAUGCAGACGACACUGCUUUCUUGAGCGACUUCGUGAACUUUGAGGAAUGCGAGGCUUCCUGUUCCAGUGAAAGUUCAUCUGGGAAAACCGUAGAGAACUCAGUGCACCAGCCCUCGCACUCGGUCGGUGCUCAUAAUGUCCGGACGUCCCACUAUCCUCCGUUCGUGCAAUCGGCACAGGGAUCACUACUGGUCAGUCAAAGACUACAGCAUAUAUUUUUUCAAUUACGGAUAAAAAUAAGGGUUUGUAUCAACACCUUCCAAUCUUUGCCACAACAAUGAACAAUAGGCGCUGCAUUAUCUGCACCCCACAUCGGCCCCGAGACUACGACACUACAAGCUCAGAGGACAAGCGUAUACAUCGGCGUAUCAUAACAGGAACCACUGUAGCC